UUACAGCAUUUUACUAACCGAGCAAAGGGGAACAUUCAACUUUAAAAUAGCAUCGUUUUGUGGCUGAUUAUAAAAACAUGGCAGAAAAGUGCCGCCUAUGUUUGAACGUCAUAGAAACUCUGGCUUCUACUGCAACCAUCGACGAUAUCUGCUUCCAUGAGAAAUUGAAUACAUUGUUUACUUUCCAGAUAACUACAGUUGAAACGUUUCCUUCGGCCGUCUGCCUGGAGUGUGAAGAGAAAGUGGAACAAUUUCACAGCUACCACGAGCAAGUGAAACACAAUCAAGAUCGUCUGUGGGCCAUCCAGAAAGAGGAAUGUUUCGAGCAAGUUAAGGUUGAACCAAACAUUGAAGUAGAUUUCAGUUCGUUUGAACUUCCCUUCGAAGAAAAGGGAUCAACAGAAACAACGGAUGAUAAGCUCAACGAGGUGCCGGUUAAGUUAGAAGAGCCGUGUGAUAAUGAUACGGAUACAACCGAUUUUGAAGUUAUACCUGAUGAGUCUGCCGAAGAGACAGAAACAAAGAGCGAUAAACCUCAGCAAAACCAACGAAUGAGAAGAAAGAAGCUUCACCAACAUGUACGAUCAGGAAAAAUUGAACGAAAACGAAGCAUUGGCAAGGCAAUCGACGAGAAAAAACCGGUGAGAAAAAAGUUUUGCGCCACGGAUGAAACCAACCGAAGGCUACGGGAGUUUUACGAUAUGAAAUGUGAAAUAUGUGGACAGCAGCAAGAUUCCUUUACGACGCUCAAAAUUCACUACCACCAACAGCACAACACCCGGGGCUACAUCAAAUGCUGUGGUCGUAUGUUCAACAGCCGGUACCGGCUCUUAGAGCACCUUUCAUAUCACGUUGGUGCCAGUAUGGUUCGUUGUGAGAUUUGCGAUAAGACCUUUAGCAGCCGAACUUACCUUCAGGUGCAUAACAGUCGUGUGCAUGGGCGCGCUGAAGAUCGACCUUUCAAGUGCACGCAGUGCCAUCAAUCGUACGCAAUGGAGUGCCACCUGAAAGCGCACAUGGUUUCACACGUUCGGGUAAGCUGCUCCAUAUGUGGCAAGGAGCUGUCCAGCAGCUUUUCGCUACGAACGCACAUGAUCAACAUGCAUGGAAACCGAGAAAAUCUCAUUUGCGACAGUUGUGGAAAAGAAUUUCGAACUCGCCAGGCAUUCGAUCGACACGUUAAACUGCAUAUGGGUGUUGACGUAACGGAGCAGUUGCAGUGCUCGUUGUGUUCCAAGUGGCUUACCAGUAAGCGGGCAUUGAAGGUGCACAUCAAGCAUGUGCACACCGAAGCAGGGCAGACGUUCAAAUGCGACCUCUGCACCCAAGAAUGUCCCAACAGCCGUGCUCUAUCCAAUCAUAAGUUACGCGUUCAUGUGGAAGAACGGUUUGAGUGUGAAGUUUGCGGAAAACGAUUCAAACGGCAACUGUAUCUAAAGGAACACAUUGCGCUGCAUACAGGCAAACCCCUCUAUUCGUGUGAUAUCUGCGGCGCUACGUUCAACUCGAAUGCAAACAAAUAUUCGCAUCGAAAGAACAAGCAUCCCGUUGAGUGGGAAGCUAGAAGAAAGCAACAACAAAUGCAGACAGAGAGUAUUUGAGUGUAGAAUGGACACUUGCCAUGUCAUAUGAGGGGUAAGGUAAAACAACGCUCACUUAAAUCCUUUUUCAUUCAUUUUACCCAACGAUGUAGCAUUCACAAAUACUAGGCUAGUUUGGUAAUUAAAUAUGUAUCUGUCAGUUAGCGUAUAAUUAGCACUUUUGUUUUUAAAAUAGAUCGUUUCAUGAAUAAAAGUAACAAAAAUAAAUGUAACGAAAGUUUUAUAUUCAA